AUGUCGUCUCAGUGGCCGCGGAAGCCUCAUAAGGACAAAACCCAUGAAGAGUUCAAACUUAAAACAUCCGGAAAUAAAGUGAGUUUAUAUUGGGGUUUAAAAAUUAAUUUUAAUAGCUAAAAAAUGGCAAAAACUUUGAAUUUAAGCCAUUUUUUGCGAUUUUUCAGCUAAAAUUUGAAAAAAACUAGUUGAAUUUUGAAGUCAUACCUAUUUUAAUCCUAAUAUUUAAAAGUAUGUGAUAGAAGACUAUAUUGUGCUGCUUUUCCAGGACAAGAAAACCGAUGUACCUAACAAGGCGAAGAAGAGCAAGGACCGCAAAGGCAAGCUUCGCAAGCCCAAAAUAGUGAGUAUCUGUGACAUUUUUGGCUUGAACUAGUCUAGUAUAAAGCCGAAUUGAUUUUGAUUUGUAAAAGAUAGAUUGAGGAGGUCAUAAGCUUUGAUCUGAUAUAUAAUUUGUAUAGGUUUUGGUUUAGUUUGAUUAUUUAUGAAGCGAAAACUAAGGUAAUAUAUUUGUUGGAACGUACUUUCGCUAGAAUUUUUGAAUGAAACAGACAAUUUUCGGCUUAAAUUUAAUUUGAUUCUGGAAUAACUGGAUAAACAAGAUCUUCGGCUUUAAUUUGAUAUUCAUAUCACUUACCUUUAGUUCAAAAUAACUUGGCAAUUUUGAGUUUUGGAACAUUUUUUGCUGAAAAACUUCUAUAGAAACUAGCUUAUAUUGAAAUGUUAUUGACUUCAAAUAAAAUAAUCUAGAGUCCAUCAGAUACUCUAGAGUAUGUUAAGCCUAAAUCACUUGUUUUAACGCCCAUUUUUAGGCAGAACAAGACGAGGAAGAUCAAAAAACGGCCACUUCACACUCUCCGCCGAUGAAAACUGGUGAAUCCAGAAGUCCACCGAGGCAAAAUGAGUAGGUUUUUUUAGUUUUUUUGAAAGCUAUGGGCCUUAAUUUUUAAAAUUUAUACAAAUUUUUGUAAUUGGGACAGGUUAUACGAUGAAAUAUUUUCAGCGAAGAAAACCAGCCCACGGUGUUUGAGAAGGUGGGCUGCCCAAUGCGACCGUUCAUUUCACCGCUGAAAAAGAAAAAGAAGAAACUUCCCAAAGAGGACGAGGCUAUGAAGACAGCGGCCGAAGAGGAACACAGCUCUGGAGCAUCACUCGCCUGUGAAUCGUCGGACGCGAAGGUUGCUACAGAAUCCAACAGUCAUAUUAAGUUUGACUCACAUCGACUGGAAGAUAAGAAGCCCUGGCACCGAAACAAUGCCAAGAAGACGGAAUCUCAGACAAGUGGGAGCUCGGUAAGUGGAAGGGACAUUUGAUACGAAGGGGCAUGUUUAAGCGUAUAAGGUCUUGAUUGUUAGUUAUAUGCUUUUAUAGUACCAUACUGACAGUUUUUAAAACAUUUUUUUUGCAAAAUGAUCACUUAGAUGACAUGUUAUACGACGAAACAUGCUUAGUCGCAUAGAUUGUCUAUAUCAAUACAUUUUCUGUUUUCAGCACAGUUCGGUCACUAAAACAUCAUCAACAACAUCAGAAGUGGGAAAAGAGAAGGAACAACCAAAAAGCGAAGAGUACUUUAUGGUACCCGGCUACGAGGUGCGCUCCGAGUACGUACUGAAGAAGUCGGUCGAUAAAUCAAAAGCCAAAAAAUCGACCGAUGACUCGUCGAAGGAAGUCAAAUCCAGCUAUUUCGGAUAUAAAUAA